UCAUUUUACCAAGUCCGGUCUUCCUCAGCCACACUGACUUCGAGAAACAUCUGACGAGCGUGUCAUUGUUGAAAUGCUAGUUUGAGCUUGAAAAAAAAAAAUCCUAGGAACACGAGUGAAGAUUUGUCACUCCUCAAGGACCAGCAGGAGAGUAUUUUUCCAGAAGCUGCCGGUGACCAAGUGCAGGUCAUAACUGUUUUUUUAGAAAGAUCGCGCAGAACCCUUGGUGCAGAGCUUGGAGGCAGCUGGAGUGACAGGGGCCAUGGAAACUGCUGGGAAAGAGGAAAUCAGUGUUGAAGAUGAAGCUGUGGAUAAAAACGUUUUUAGAGACUGUACCAAGAUUGCAUUCUACAGGCGUCAGAAGCAGCAGCAGCUCUCAAAGAAUUCCACCUAUCGGGCGUUACUAGAUUCAGUCACAACAGGCAAGGACAGCACCAGGUUCCAGAUUAUCGAAGAAUCAGCAAAGAUUCCUCUUGUGGCUGAAAUUUAUGGUAUAGAAAGAAAUAUUUUCAGGCUUAAAAUCAAUGAAGAGACUCCCUUGAAGCCCAGAUACGAAGUUUCUGAUGUCGUCACAAGCAAGCCAAGUAUUGUAAAGCUGAUUUCCUGCUCAGGAGAUUCAGGCAGUAUGGUACUGACAAAUGAAAAAGGAGAUCUAAAGUUUCAUAUCAUAGCAAAGCCAUUCAAGGUAGACCUGGUAUCAGGAGAAGAGGUUGUGAUGAGCAUAAAUUCCCUGAGCCAAUUAUACUUUGAACAUCUACAGGUUCCUCACAAACAAAGAACUGCCAAAGAAAAUGAGGAGAAUGUUUCAGGUGACACCUACAAGGAAAAUGAAGAUGAUCUAGGCCUGUGGGAGGAGAAAUUUGGAAACUUUGUGGAUGUCAAAACUAAUGGUCCUACCUCCAUUGGUUUGGAUUUCUCCUUACAUGGAUUUGAGCAUGUCUAUGGGAUCCCACAACAUGCAGAAUCACACCAACUUAAAAAUACUAGCGACGGAGAUGCUUACCGUCUGUAUAACCUGGACGUCUAUGGGUAUAAAAUCCAUGAAAAAUUGGGCAUUUAUGGCUCGAUCCCUUAUCUCCUGGCUCACAAACUUGGCAAUACUGUAGGCAUUUUCUGGCUGAAUGCCUCAGAAACACUUGUGGAGAUCAAUACAGAACCUGCAGGAGAGUACGCACUGACCAAGAUGGGUGCAACUGCUGCUAAGCAAAAGGUCAGAUGUCGGACCAAUAUACACUGGAUGUCAGAGAGUGGAAUCAUUGAUGUCUUUCUACUAAUGGGACCUACACCUUCUGAUGUCUUCAAGCAGUACUCUCUACUUACAGGCACACAAGCCAUGCCCCCUCUUUUCUCCCUGGGGUACCACCAGUGCCGCUGGAACUAUGAAGAUGAGCAGGAUGUAAAAGCUGUGGAUGCAGGAUUUGAUGAACAUGACAUUCCUUAUGAUGUCAUGUGGUUGGACAUAGAGCAUACAGAGGGAAAACGGUACUUCACCUGGGAUGAAAAAAGAUUCCCCAACCCCAAAAGGAUGCAGGAGCUGCUCAGAAGCAAAAAACGCAAGCUUGUGGUCAUCAGUGAUCCCCACAUCAAGGCUGAUCCUGACUAUUCGGUGUAUGCUGAGGCCAAAGAGCAGGGCUUCUUGGUGAAGACUCGCGAAGGGGCAGACUUUGAAGGCAUAUGCUGGCCUGGUCUCUCCUCCUACCUGGAUUUCACCAACCCCAAGGUCAGAGAGUGGUAUGCAGGUCUUUUUGCAUUCCCCAUUUAUCAGGGCUCUACAGAUAUCCUCUUCAUAUGGAAUGACAUGAAUGAGCCCUCAGUAUUUAGAGGGCCAGAGCAAACCAUGCAGAAAAAUGCUCUUCACCAUGGCAACUGGGAGCACAGAGAACUACACAAUAUCUACGGCUUCUAUCAGCAAAUGGCUACUGCAGAGGGACUGAUUCAGCGAUCUGAAGGGAAGGAGAGACCCUUUGUUCUUUCACGAUCAUUCUUUGCUGGAUCACAGAAGUAUGGUGCUGUGUGGACAGGUGACAACACGGCAGAAUGGAGUUACCUGAAGAUUUCUAUCCCGAUGUUACUGACUCUCAGCAUUACUGGGAUCUCUUUUUGUGGAGCUGACGUGGGUGGGUUCAUUGGGAACCCAGAGGCAGAGCUACUAGUGCGUUGGUACCAGGCCGGAGCCUACCAGCCCUUCUUCCGUGGCCACGCCACCAUGAAUACCAAGCGGCGGGAACCCUGGCUGUUCGGGGACAAGCACACCCGGCUCAUCCGAGAAGCCAUCCAGGAGCGCUAUGCCCUCCUGCCCUACUGGUAUUCUCUGUUCUACUGUGCCCAUGUGGAGGCUCAGCCCGUGAUGAGACCUCUAUGGAUAGAGUUUCCUGAUCAAUUAGAAACUUUUGGUGUAGAAGAUGAAUAUAUGCUAGGAAGUGCUUUACUAGUUCAUCCAGUCACAGAGCCAGAAGCCACUGAGGUGAAUGUGUUUCUGCCAGGAUCAGAUGAGGUCUGGUAUGACUCCAAGACAUUUGCUCGGUGGGAAGGAGGACAUACUGUGAAGAUCCCAGUAUCCUUGGACACUAUACCAGUGUUUCAACGAGGUGGGAGCGUGAUUCCAAUGAAAACGACCGUGGGGAAAUCCACGGGUUGGAUGACUCAUUCUCCAUAUGGACUCCGAGUGGCUCUAAGCACUAAGGGUUCUGCAGUGGGUGAGCUGUACCUAGACGAUGGCCAUUCAUUCCAGUACCUCCAGCAGAAGCAAUUCUUACAUCGGAAGUUUUCAUUCUGUUCCAGUGUUUUGAGCAACAGUUGUGCUGACAAGAGGGGUCAUUAUCCCAGCAAGUGUGUCGUGGAGCGGAUCUUGGUGUUGGGCCUCAGGAAGGAGCCGUCUUUAGUGACCAGCCACUUUCCUGGUAGUCAAGGUCAGCCUGUGCCUUUUACGUACUGUGCCACAACAUCCACCCUGAGCCUGGAGAAGCUCUCGCUGAGUGUCGGAGCUGACUGGGAGGUCCACAUCCACCCAAGCUGCUACAGCUGUGUAGCUGAGUAAACCUGGAGUCCAGACCUCCCAAUCUGAGAAGACUUUUUGCCUCCCACAAC